UUCGUCACCUUGGGCUCCUUGUCUGUAACCAGGGGUGCCUGUCUCCACUGGUCUUGAAGAGGAAGGACCGGACACUGCAGCCCUCGUGGCUGGCAGUCUACAAUGCGCUGAUGGGGUCCUCUGCGACCAAGGCUGCCCUUGGCGCGACCACUGAUGAGCUCACAGAACCGGAGCCGAAACAUCUGGCCAAUCUAAUACAGUACAUAAAUGAAACGAAUCUGAGCGUUGAACAUCUGGCUAAUAUUCUUUCUGAGAAAACUGGGAGCAGCAGCUGGGUGGUGGUGUUCAAAGCCCUGGUUACUGUGCAUCACCUUAUGGUGUAUGGAGAUGAGCGUUUUAUCCAGCAUCUUUCAUCUCGAAACUCUUUAUUCACUUUACACAACUUCAUGGAUAACAGUGUCAUAGAAGGCUAUACUAUGUCAACCUUCAUAAGACGAUACAGUCGGUACCUGAAUGAAAAGUCGCUUGCAUAUAGAAUGAUUGCAUCUGACAUCACAAAAUCCAAGAGAGGAACAGAUGGUGUGAUGAGAACUAUGAAUAUCAGAGAGCUGCUAAACACACUUCGAGUUAUUCAAACCCAGUUUGAUGCUCUUCUUAAGUUUAAUGCAAAUCCUGAUGAACUAACUAAUGGUGUAAUACAUGCUGCUUUUAUGCUCCUCUUUAAAGACUCUCUUCGUCUCUUUGCAGCCUAUAAUGAAGGGAUCCUUAAUCUGCUAGACAAGUAUUUUGACAUGAGGAAGAACCAAUGCGAAGAAAGUUUGGAUAUUUACAUGAAGUUCCUUGGAAGAACAACCAAAUUGGCACAGUUUUUGAAAGUCGCAGAGCAAGUUGGAAUUGACCAGAAGAAUAUCCCAUAUGUUACUCAGGCACCCCACAGUCUACUUGAAGCACUAAAACAGCAUUUAGCUUCUUUGGAAGAGAAAAAUGACAUUUUACCUCCUUACAGUUUCCAGCAUGCAUUGAUUCCAUCCUUCCUAAAUAGUCCAGUUGUGGAAACUCCAACAAGCAGAAGUUGGUUUUCAGGAGGUCUUAACUUUGGAGAAAUCCCAGUCAACAAAUCUAACAUGAAGUGGUGUGACUCUUCAGACAUGGGAAGUAGUGAUGGAAAGAACUGGCAGUUGAAUACCUAUACCUGCACAUCAACCAUAUGGAAAUCCAUUUCUACUCCUUCUGCUCCCCAUAGGGUAUCAUCUCCAGUGGCCUAUCCAGUGACUUCACAGCAAAUGCCUAUGUACAGAAUGAUUCCAACUCCAAUGAGAACUAGUUCAUUAAUGGCAUCUCAACCCAUGAUUUAUACCCAUCAAGGCUUAAAGACCAGAGGUCCUUCUGUUCUAUUCCCAGGACAUCAGGCACAGUCCAUGGAGAACCACCAAAUGAGAAACAUUCUAAUUCAGAGGUGGAAAAAAUGAUCUCUCUACUAGUUAAACUGAAUCAUUCACAUUGCUCCAGUA